AUGUCUCCCCCGCACCAAUCCAUCAUCAUCCAAAGAGGAAUAUUUCUGGCCCCCCGGGUCCCAAACUCCGCUCGCGCGCUUCAGCGCAAGAAGAUGAAGAAAAUCAAGGCAAAGAAGGCCGAGAAGGAGAAGUUCGAGUCUGGACGUGCGUCGGUCAAAGAAAUGAUUGCCGAGGCCGAGCGCCUCGAUAAGGCCGCUGCUGUUGAAGAGGAGGAAGCGCGGAGGAAGCGGGCCCGCGCUGCGAAGCUGCGGGGGGUGGCGGCGGCGAAAGGGGAGGAGGAGAAGGAGAAGAAGAAAGAGAAGAAGAAAGAGAAGAAGAAAGAGAAGAAGGAAGAGGAAGACGAAGAGGAAGAGGAAAUGCUAAUCAGCUUUGAGGAUGAGAAGCUUUUUUUAACUAAUCUAUACAGGGGAAUUCCGGCUGACAUGAAUAUGACGCAUUACCGGAGUUCUAGAGGUAAGACAGAUCUACUGGACGUUGAUGCCAUGUUCUUCGCUGCUCUCGCUGCAACUUGCAUCGUCUGUGGCACGGAGAUUAAUGGGCAGCAUCGCUGGGCAAAGCAUUUCCGGGCAGUUUCCUUGGAAUCUUUUACCCCAAUCCCUCUAACCCAUCCGUCAGUCUACUGCUCCUCGACAGGUGUGAGGGUGACGGUGCCCUUGUGCCCGGCACCUUCUCUUCCUGCAGUCCGUAUCCCAGCCGAUGCGGUGACGGAUGAAUGGGUUUCCGAGAGGAUGCCCGAGCAUGACCAGACCGAUCUGUACGUGUUCCAUGAGCCCUGCUGGAGACGCCUGGUCAGCCAUUUCAGUCCCACAAAGUUCGAUGUGGGCUAUGUUUUUGAGGCCCUAGAAUAUUUGACACUGCCCUUGCUACGUGGCUUUCAUGAAUUCGCACCAACGGACUUAAAGCCUCCUUACAUGUGGGAGGCAGUGAGCGAAGGCCUUGUUCGUCAGGCUGAUUAUGCCAACCUGGACGACCUCAUGCGAUUUGCAAAAGCACUCCCGAGCCCAUGGCGUCCGGUGAUGUCUUCUGCUCCAUUCGUAGCAGACAUCUUCCAGCGAUUGCCACUAGAACUAAUUGAAAUGAUCGCUGUUCUAUUGCCCACGCGAGACGUACUACAUCUCCGCCAGGUAUCACGCGGGGUAGCUCCGGUUUUCAGCAGCUCGGCCUUCUGGAAGACACGUUUCGACUUGAACGCAGAGCGCGGGUUUCUUUGGCCAGUCGUGCGAGACUUGAUAGAUACAGCAAAAGGCACUGGAUUCGAUUGGAGGCUCCUCUACCACUGUACUUGCCAUCUCACCUGCAGCCAAUGGUUUCGCUUAGAGCUUAAAUCCUGGGGGGCGCUCCGGUGGCUUCGGGAUACAGCCCUGGCUUUAGCCUCCGGGGCGCCCCGUCCGCUCGACUAUCACGGUGAUGCCUUACAUUACUACCAUAAUGCCAUGAUUGGAGAUACGCACCUCGAGGUGGUAGACUGCGAUUCUCAGGUGCUUUACAUUGCGGUUUCUGCACAUGAUGAUUGUGGCUCACAUGAUGAGCCUGGGUCUGAUGGGCCAACGGCCAUCUUGGGUUACACUUCGCCCAGAGCAAAGAAUAUUCCCAGAAAGUGGUGGAAAAAUUCAAAUUCUGAGUGGACGAAAAUGGCCCAUCCUAGAGUCCGAGAUGGAGGGACUACCCUCAUCAUGCUUAUCAUGGUUUACGCACUUGUUCUCUGGAAGAGGUCUCACAAGUCGUGGCGGUGUUUGACGUAA